UCGGACGCGGAUCGUUGGCCGGAUGAAGUUGAGAUUUUGGCCUUAACCUGAGAGAGACAUGGAGGAUACGAGCUAUAUUUUCCAUCAAGCAGUUAGAUCAAAUAACUUAGAGAAAGUGAAAAAAUUAUUGAGUGAAGGAGUCCACCCGGAUGAACCUAAUUGGAUUAAUAAUGGUCGACCGGCUCUUUUGGAAGCAACUUACCAAGGAAAUGUCGACAUGGUGGAAAUUCUAUUAAAUGCUGACGCUGAUCCUAAUAUUCAGAACAUGUUGGGCGAAACGGCGUUACACAAUGCCUUUCAUCCAAAGACGUUUUCCAAAGAGUUGGUGGUUUUGCUUUUGGAACACGGAGCCGAUGUGAAUGUUCGAGAAAAACUAAACGGCUAUACUCCAGUACACAUGGUCGUCAAGUUGUGUGCAUCACAUGUGAGCAAAGGUAUUAAAACAAGUCUCCUUAAAGUGUUGCAACUGAUGUGCGCCAAGGCAGACGUGAAAAUCAGAAGCGUCAGGAACGAAACCGCGUUGCACAGGAUGACAACAGGCAGUGUGGACUGGUGCGAACCUCUGCAAAUCCUCAUAGACCACGGAUUCGAUCUGAACGCGCAAAACGACAGAGGCGAGACAGGCCUCAUGUGUUCCAUCGACAAAAGACACUGCAUGAUGGCAGAGCUGCUGGUCAAAAAAGGAGCUGAGGUCAACAUCAAAGACAGGCAUUUCCAAACAGCCCUGCACCACAGUGCUCAAAAGAACCUCCUGCGCUUGGUGAUCUUGCUGUUGGACGUCCAGUGCGAUGCAAACGCCACAGAUCUGAAUGGAGACACGGCACUGCACAUUGCAGCUAGCAAGGGGUUGGUGGACAUGGUACAAGUGCUUGUCUCGCAUCCGGGGAUCGAUGCAAACAUCCAGAACAUAGUGGGCUCGACCCCGCUACUGCAUGCCGUGGAGAGUGGAUUCACUCAGGUGGUGGAACUGUUGCUCGAAGCAUACUGCGAUUCAGACUGUGAGAAAUGUUUAUUGUCUGCUAUAGACGUUGCCGAAGAGAACUCUGCCCGACGAUGGCAUCCAGAGAUAUAUUCUCUGCUACAGGUGGCUCUGGAACAAAAGAGAGACCUCUGGGACGAAGGUGAAACCUCGUUGUGAUUCUUAAUGGGUUAGAUAUUUAUAGUUUAAUUUUUCUAAACGUUAGGGUAGUAUAGUCGUUUUUAAAGAAUUUUGUAAAUAGAUGUUGAAG